GUGAUCCGGUAUUCGAUCUUUAGCACAGAUUGGGGAAUCGGCUCUUCCGUGCUUUGCCCAGCCCUCAAUGAUGUGCGGAAGAUCCCAAAGGUACGUCAUAAGAGCCGAAGCAGAAAUGUUUCAAGAGCUUGGAGAAUAUACCGAAUAUCGCGAAUACAUGCACCAAGCUUCUAGUUGGUUUCAUUAGACCUCUAUCACCGGCUUUACCUUGUACAAGAUGUCGACUCUGUGCAUACUGGGCUGCGGAAAUCUUGGGACGGCGAUCCUAGACAGCUUAAUAGGAGGGGCAGAUGAAAAAGCCUCUCCUUUGCCAGUUAGCCAGAUCAUUGCUUGUGUCCGCAGUGAGCGUUCUGUAACACGGUUGUCCGGACGGCUUUCUAAUUCUCAAAGCCCACUGAAAAUCUCUCAAGGAAAUAAUGUGCAAGCAGUAAAACACUCCGAUGUUAUUUUACUUGGCGUCGACCCAGCGGAUGUGCGCGAGACUUUGCAGGAGCCUGGUCUCGUUGCCGCGCUUGCGGGGAAAUUACUAAUUAGUAUUGUGGCUGGAUGGACAAGAGAGCAAAUCGAGACUCUUUUGGCCGAGGCGUCUGCUACGAGCGAUGGGGAUGACUCUAAGAUUUGGGUAAUCCGAACUCUACCGAACAUUGCUGCUACGGUCUCACAAUCUAUCACGUCUAUUGAGAAGCCAGAUCCGAAAUUACCCCCUCAACACCUUGAAUAUGCCGAUGCCUUAUUCAACCGCAUAGGCAAGACCGUGCACUUAGCUCCUAGUCAAAUGGAUGCAUUCACUGCAGUGGGAGGGUCUACGCCAGCGUUCUUUGCGGUGAUCGUCGACGCAUUGAUAGAUGCCUCGGUUGCUGUAGGUAUGCCAAGACAGGAGGCUACCGCCACGAUAGUGCAAUCCAUGUUAGGCACAGCUACCCUCCUACAAAGCGGAGUGCAUCCCGGAGUCUUAAGAGAUCAAGGAACCUCACCAGAAGGAUGCACAAUCGGUGGGCUAAUGGUACUCGAGGAGGCUGGUGUGCGAGGCCACCUAGGUCGGGGCCUUCGCGAGGCCGUGACGAUUGCGCGGUUGAUGGGCAAGGAUCCUCAUGUUAACGAUACCAGGCACUAGUAAAACAGAGCAGAGUCACC